UGGACAGUGUUCUACCGAAUAUAAUCAACACACGGUUGUCAAACAGCUCACAUACAUCCCAAAAUGGCAUUCAAAUUGAUCGUGCUCGCCGCCAUUGUGGCCGUGGCAAACUCUAUUGCCGUUGGGGUUGGGUAUCCAGCUGCUUAUCCAGCUCUUGGCGUUGCCAAAGUUGCUGCUCCAGUUAUAGCUAAGGCCGUCGAUGAUUACGAUCCAAACCCACAGUACAGCUUCAGCUACCACAUUGCCGAUGCCCUGACCGGAGAUAACAAGGAACAGCAAGAAUCCCGCUCCGGGGAUGUCGUCACUGGAUCGUACGCUCUGGUUGAACCCGAUGGCACCCGUCGUGUUGUUGAGUACACUGCUGAUCCCGUCAAUGGAUUCAACGCUGUUGUACACCGCGAACCACUAGCCGUCAAGGCUGUUGCUCCAAUCGCCAAGGUGGCCGCUCCACUGGGAUAUCCAGCCUACGGCAGAGCCAUCGUUGGUUAAACACCGUAGAGUUCGCUGGUUCAAACAGAAUCAGUUGUGAUUGCACAGAAUACCACUAGGAGAACCCAGCCACAAAACACCACAUAUAUUCUGUGAAAAUCUACAGCGAUUCAUUAUUAUUCGUUCGUCGUCGACCGACCACCGCAAUCGUUUUAUGGACCAUGAUUGAAGGCUCGUACAAAACACGUACACCAUGUACAAAACACAAUUAGAAUCAUUCAUUUGUAAAUAGUAGCAUAAUCGCUCAAAGAACGUAAACGUACCAUAUGAACAUCAUCAUCUCUGCAUACAAAGAGCGGUGCAUAAAACCGGCACACUCUACUGUUAUGUUUGACUGUGUGUGACUUAAGUGUUAUUCUAGUUUUAUUAGCUCAAUAAAUGCAAGCUCGGAACAGUGAAAAGAUACCCAA